AUGGAGACCUUAAAGGCAGUCUUCUUCGGGCCUGACCCUCAAGUCCAGAUGAGAAAAUGCAAUGCCCUCAUUCGCGCAAACACACGACAACUCGAUCGGGAUCUUGCUCAACUAAAAGCCCUCGACAGUAAGACCCGACAAUACAUCCUCAAUGCCUCCAAGCGAGCCCAGCGAAACCCGUCACAGGCCAAACAAGCAACUAGCGAAACCAAAACCUUUGCUCGAGAACUAGUGCGGAUCCGAAAACAAUCAACAAGAUUGAAUACCAGUCGAGCCCAACUGCAGAGUGUUGGGAUGCAGGUCAAUGAAGCUUUUUCCGUUCGCAAAAUCCAAGGCAGUCUGCAGAAGUCGACCGCUAUCAUGAAAGAUGUUAAUACACUGGUGCGAAUGCCUGAACUGUACUCUACUAUGCACCAACUCUCUACGGAGUUGAUCAAAGCUGGGAUCAUCGAUGAAAUAGUGGAGGAUGCUAUGCCUGCCAAUGAGUUAUUGGAAGAGGAGGAGGAUGAAGCCGAGGCAGAAGUGGACAAGGUGCUCCAAGAAAUCUUACAGGGCAAGCUUUCUCAGGCACCCGUCAAGCUAGAGUCGCCUAUCGAGGAGGCACCCGUGGCCGAGCCCGAGUUCGAGGAUCAAGAAGCAACCCUUGAACAAAUGCGAGGUCGGCUUGAGGCUUUGAAGAGCUGA